CAGGGCUCGCCGGCGGCGCGGUCCCAGCACCUGCAAUGAGGGGGCUCCGAGCCCGCUACCAGCUCCUGCCCGACCAGGACGAAGACCUGCCCGUGGGAUGCGAGGACCCAGCUGGAGAGGGGCAGCGGGGCUGGGAGGGAGCCCCAGCAGCAGCCGAGGAGGAGCCCUGCAGGCUGGUGCUGAGCACACCCAGCAGCAUCCUGCGGGACAGGGACAUCGACGAGCUGGGCCCCCAGCUGCCCCCCCGGCUGACGCAGCAGCCCUGGCACCUGCUCUACUCCACGGGGCGGGACGGCUUCAGCCUGCGGACGCUCUACCGGAGCGGGGCCCGGCCGGACUCCCCGGCCCUGCUGCUCGUCAGGGACACGGAGGCGCAGGCCUUCGGUGCCUUCUCCGCCAGCGCCAUUCGCAGCAGCAGCGGCUUCUACGGCACGGGGGAGACCUUCCUCUUCUCCUUCUGCCCCGAGCUGAAGGUGUUCAGGUGGACGGGCAAGAACGACCUCUUCGUGAAUGGAGAUGUGAAUCUGCUGAUGGUCGGUGGGGGCAGCGGUAGGUUUGGGCUGUGGCUGGACGGGGACCUGCACCACGGGGGCAGUCAACCCUGCGAGACAUUCGACAACGAGAUCCUCUCACAUCGGGAGGAGUUCUGUAUCCAGGAUCUGGAACUGUGGGGUCUGGCCUGACCCAAAGACAUCCAAGGAAAAAGGUGGUAGAGAGGGGAUGCUUUGGACUGAUGUCUCGUGCCCAGCUGUUCCCUGACAGCACCCGCAGAGCCUGCAGGAUGGUACCAGCCUCACCCUCUCCUCAUUUCACCCAUUCCCAAUAAUAUCCCCAUUUCAUGGGGAAAGAACAGCGUGAUUGGGGAAAAGAGCAGUGGGGUCUCAGGCCUGCAGUGCUGCUGCCACGUGGCUGGGCAGCCACGGGAGUGUUUGCAUGGGCCCACAGUGGCAAAGCACAACUAACCCUAAAACUAACUCUAACCCUAACCCAAGCCUAGCCCCAACCCACCUUGCUGGGAUGAGGCAGAGCUGCCCCAGGAGGAAGGCAGGCGGCAGAGCCGGACACAGCAGGGUCCCACAUGGAGAAGGAAGCUCCAAGAGCAGUGACGCUGGUGGGACUGAGCAAGCCCAGGCAGCCUCUGCCCCCGGGGCCAGCUCUGGCAGCGCUGGAGACAGCACAGUCACCACUCCUCAAUAAACGGGCUCCUGGCCUCAUCCUUGCCCUGGAA